GCGAAGCCCUCGAGCGACGGUGGGCCCUCGAAUUGCUGGGGGCCGCGGCUGCGGAAAAGCCAGGGUUGGUCCUUGAUCUGAUGAAGUUGCUGCUGCAGAGCCUCGAGGACGAAGAUGCACGAGUGAAGAAGGCCGCGGUGGAGGUGUUUGGACAGCUGGGUGAGCAUGCGAGCGACCACACCCACGAAAUCCUCGACUUCCUCCACGAUGCGGAUCCCGAGUU